AUAACUGGUGCAAAGAGGAUAUAAACACUGCUUACUGGUGCUCUAAUCUAUACUUUAGUCAAAUAUUAUCUGUGAAAAAAAAUUGCGUGAGACGGCUAUUAUUUUUAUUUAUUUAGUUCAGUGCGCAAGAGUUGUCGUGUAGUGUAUCACGUAUUGUUGGUUUUAAACUUUAAAAAGUGGUGAAAGUUGAUCAUUUAAAAUGCAUCGCUUUAUAAAAGCGUUGUUUUGUGCCUUAUUAGUACUUAGUAUAGUCGAUCCAAUAAGGUCCAAACGAUCGUUCACUAGUGGUAGACAUUCGUAUCCGAAGAGUGGCGGUCUGUCAGGCGGCGGGCACGGUUAUCCUUCAUCGGGAGGCAGACACGGCUAUCCGUCGAGCGGGGGCGGCCUUUCCGGGCACGGGUCUUCAUCUUCCGGUGGCAACCACGGCUAUCCUUCAUCAGGGGGUAGUCAUGGCUAUCCUUCAUCAGGAGGCAGUCACGGCUAUCCCUCGUCAGGUGGUCUAUCAGGGCACGGGUCUUCAUCCUCGGGUGGUAGCCACGGCUAUCCAGCAGGAAAAGGCUUGUCUGGUAACACACCAAGUCAUUCCGGCACCGGAGCGGGUCACACCACAAACGUCCACCAUCAUUACCAUUACAGUCCCCCUCAACAAAUAAGAUACACGCCCACGCACGGCGGACAUCCUCAAAGCUAUCCAGUGUACCAUGGGAGCCCUCCAUCAUACGUGUACCAAUACAAAGAUUCUGGAAGCAAAUAUGGCACACUUUUAGCUGGUUUAGCUCUACUCAACCUUGGUACACUUGGCGUCGCCACUUAUGCAGCAACUAAGUCUCACGGCUCGUCAGGGGACACCUACAAAACAAAGCCCGGUGAAGUGUGUAAAUUUGGUCUGAAAAAAGACAAUGGAGACUAUGAGGAAACUAGAAUAGACUGCAAUUUGAUAUCUAGUUUCAUUUAUGAGGAGGAGGCUAAGAGACAAAGUGGUGGCACAAAUUCCACAGUAGUGACCACAACAGUGACCAAUGUUACAACUGUGAAUUCUAAUGCAAGUGAUCAUCCUCCACCUCCGGUAGUUAAUACCCUGUAUGAAAAGUUGCCAAACAACACACUGGUACCUGUCAAUGUUACUGUUGCUAACACCAAUGUAACUAACAUUCCAGCUUCACCUGGCACUGUGACGUCAGUAACAGUCACUACAACAAACACAACCACCAGUGCACUUGAUGUCAAAGGGAAACCGGUUGAAGUUACACCCAGCAUGCAGUGUUAUGUUCUAAGGCAUAGUCCAACUAGUAAUAUGAAAAGAUCUGUGCCUUGUGGCCUUUUACAGACAUAUGCAACACAAUCUUUGAAAAGGAAUUCUGCAUCAAGGAAUCUUCCAGUAAUGUAUAUACUGAGUGCAGUCUUCACUUUAUUCAUUGUUUAUUAAAAAAAAAAAAAAAAUUAGCUAGGUAGUUCUUAUUUAUAUGUUUGGACUUUUAUUUUCAUUACAUUUGUUCAAUACUUGUAACAAUUUGCAUUCCAUACCAGAUAAUGAUAUAGUAUUUUUGAUAUAAGUAUCUUUUUGAAAUCUUAUACAUGUGAAUUAUUAAGAGAAUGAAAGAUGUAUGACAUUUUUUCCUUGAAUUAAAGCCUGAAGAUGGCCAAAGUAAUUACUGAUCUGUUUUUGUACUUACAUUUAUAUAGGUUUGUCAGUAAAGUAAGUAGAAAAUCAUAGAAUCUUUAUAAUGUCUCGAGAUAUAUUAAAUGUGAUAUUUUAUGACACAGUAUUUGAUUUAAUUAAAUUUUGUUACUGAAU